UAUACCCUUUGCAGGAACUGGAAGCUUUAAAUCUUAGUAGUGGAGAGAACACAGAAGUGGACGAUCUAGAUCCAGAGGAGGAAUAUGAUUUGGAAGAAGAAGCAGCCAGGUUUGAGGAAGAGAGAUAUCAUCCUGAUGAUUACCUACCACAAAAUAAUAAAAGGCAAACAAAGAAACGUGGUAUGUCCUCCUCACAGGCGGUACCUUCGGCACCUCCCCCUUAUGAGAUGCACCCGAAGGCUUUCUCUUUUUUUCCAGAGAAGGUAAGGAGGAAAUUGAGACUUGCCUACCCUGUCUUUGAAGGUGUAGAGGGAGGGCGAGUACAUGCCCCUGUGGAGUAUGCUCAAAUUAAGGAAUUGGCAGAAUCAGUUAGAAAAAAUGGGGUUACAGCUAAUUUCACUCUGGCCCAAUUGGAUAGGUUGGCCAUGACGGCCAUGACCCCGGCUGACUGGCAAACAGUCACUAAGGCAUCACUUGUUAGCAUGGGUCAAUACAUGGAGUGGAAAGCCCUAUGGUACAAGGCUGCCCAGGUGCAGGCCAGGGCUAAUGCUAUAGCAUUAACUCCAGAACAACAACAAUGGACAUUUGAUUUACUUACAGGCCAGGGGCGCUUUGCCACCAAUCAGACAGAUUAUCACUGGGGUGCCUAUCGGCAAAUCGCUGAUACAGCCAUCAGAGCAUGGAAGGCUCUUUCAAAAAAGGGGGAAUUAAAUAAUCAGCUCACAAAAAUUAUUCAAGGGACACAGGAACCUUUUUCAGACUUUGUGGCCCGUAUGACAGAGGCGGCAGGACGAAUUUUCGGUGAUCAUGAACAGGCCGCCCCUCUUAUUGAGCAAUUAAUUUUUGAACAAGCCACUCAGGAAUGCCGCACAGCCAUCGCCCCCAGAAAGAAUAAAGGACUUCAAGAUUGGCUCAGGGCUUGCAGAGAGCUUGGAGGCCCCCUUACUAAUGCAGGAUUAGCUGCCGCCAUUUUACAAUCUCAAAGACGUCCCUUUAAGGGAUCCCACAAAAAGGUAUGCUUUAACUGUGGAAAGCCAGGCCAUUUUAAAAAGGAUUGCAGGGCAUCAAAAAAGAAAAGGGCUCCCCCUACCCUUUGCUCCCGCUGCGACAAGGGCUAUCAAAGAGCUGAGGCAUGCUGCUUGGUGAGGGACAUAAAAGGCAGAGUUCUCCCUCUGCUAGAAGCUCCUGACAGCCAAAUUCAAAAAAACGGGACAGUGAGCCCCCGGUCUCAGGGCCCACAAAAAUAUGGGAACCGGUUCGUCAAAGUGACCGACGAGACUUCUCUGGAGACGGAGCAAGAAUGGACUUGCACGCCUCCUCCGACUUCAUACUAAUACCCCAGAUGGGCGUACAGCCCGUUCCUGUUCAAAUACCCACUCCUUUACCUCAAGGAAGC